GGAGUACUUAAGAGAAUUCAGGGGUACAGGAGGGGUACAGGAGGGGUACAGGAAGGGUACAGUAGGGGUACAGGAGGGGUACAGUAGGGGUACAGGAAGGGUACAGGAGGGAUACAGUAGGGAUACAGGAGGGGUACAGGAGGGGUACAGUAGGGUACAGGAGGGGUACAAUGAAAGUUCAUAGAGUUCCGUUGUGCUUUGCAGCCGUGCCUCCAUCGAUAGCUAUAUAAAAAGAAGUAAGCCGCUGUUUCUGAUUCAGUCAGUUCUUAAACCUCGUGCAGUUCGGAUCACCAUGUUCAGCAAUUAUAAUCAUUUCGUUCAAAAAGGAUAUGGAAAUUUUGAAGAUGAUGACGACGAUAUUGAAAGCUCACAAGAAAGCGAACAAUCAUCUCAAAGUUCUCAAUCUAGCGAAGAAAUGGACUCUUCCGGAGAGGAGGAGGAGGAGCAUGUAGAUCCUUGGUCACGCAUUCAAAAUGAAGUUUGUAAUCGCCACGAAGCCCAGCUCGAAGCUCUGAUCAACGAGUAUGAACAAAACGGAGACUCGCCUGAAGUGGCCCGCAUUAAAGCUGAAAAUGCUUUGCUUCCAGUAUAU